AUGUCUUCAUUCACCGUCUUCAAGGGUGUCAAGGAUGGCUUCCCCAAGAAGAGUACCACAGCCAAACCGGAUUCACUCACUGGCGACAAGGUCUACCUCAAAGUGACCGCAUCUGGUGUUUGUGGAACCGAUCUCCACUAUCGACACAGCGAUAUAGUCCUCGGACAUGAAGGUAUCGGUAUCGUCGAGGAAGUCGGACCAGCAGUCAAGCAUUUGAAAAAGGGUGACCGAGUCGGCUGGGGAUACGAAACAGAUAGCUGCGGCCUCUGCAUGCAAUGUCUCCAGGGAACAGAAGUCUUUUGCGAACAGCGCGUUCUUUACGGCAGCGGCAACACCGACCAAGGUAGUUUCGCACACAAUGCCGUUCUCCGCGAGGCUUUCUUGUUCAAGAUUCCCGACAAUAUCAAGGAUGAGGAUGCCGCGCCUCUGCAAUGUGGUGGUGCCACCGUCUACACAGCCCUUUCGGACUUGAAGCCUAACGAAGUGGUGGGUGUUCUGGGUGUCGGCGGUCUUGGUCAUCUCGCUAUUCGAUUCGCAUCGCAAAUGGGCGCCCGGGUUGUCGUUCUCUCAGGAUCAGACAGGAAGAAGGAUGAAGCCUUUGAACUCGGCGCACACCACUUCAUCGCCACGAAAGGACAGGAUCAACUUGACCUCAAGGGCGCACCAAAGAUUUCAAGAUUGCUCGUCACUGCAGCAACGCAGCCCAACUGGGAUGCAAUCAUCCCUAUCAUGGCACCCGGCUCUCGAAUUUACCCUCUCACUGUGUCUGGCGACAAUCUCUCCAUUCCAGCUAUGGGAUUGAUUCUUAAUGGUAUCUCCGUUGUCGGCUCUCUGGUUGCAACCCGAGCCACCCAACUCCAGAUGCUCGAAUUUGCCUCUUUCCACAACAUCACCCCGGUGAUUGAGAAGUUCCCCAUGACCGAAGAGGGAAUCAAAGAGGCCAUUGAGAAGCUGGAGAACGGCAAUGUGCACUUCCGGGCCGUCUUGAUUCCUCAGUGA